GCAAGUCUGAUAGGCUUCCGUGUGGCGAGUGUUUGCUGCCUGUGUGCGGUCUUGUUCAACGUUCGCGUUUUUCGGCGGCAUUGACGCUUUUGAAACGUUUUCGCCGGCUCAUCUUAAUUAAGAAGGGCGAAGUGUUCGGCGACGUUUAAGAGAGACGCAAGUGUCGUGAACCAUGACGGCCGAUCUGAGUUCCUACCGGGACCAGCACUUCAAGGGGAGCCGAGCGGAGCAGGAACGGCUGCUCCGGAUGAGCUCGACGCUCUACAUCGGCAACAUGUCCUUCUACACUACCGAGGAACAGAUCUACGAGCUCUUCUCCAAGUGCGGCGACGUCAAGAAGGUGAUCAUGGGUCUGGACCGCUUCCACAAGACUCCGUGCGGCUUCUGCUUCGUCGAGUACUACACGCGCGCCGACGCUGAGAACGCUAUGCGCUACGUCAACGGUACCAAGCUGGACGACCGCAUCAUUCGUACCGACUGGGACGCCGGAUUCAUCGAGGGACGCCAGUUCGGACGCGGAAAGAGCGGAGGCCAAGUGCGAGACGAGUACCGGACGGACUACGACAGCGGUCGAGGAGGCUACGGCAAGCUAAUGGCACAGCGCGUAGUGCCGCCAGCAGCGCCCGUCUAGUCGUCCAGGAAACUGAGUGUGAACUAACUAAUGGACAGUGGGUGUUUGCACUCGAAUGCAGGACGUUUUCACCUGAUGUGUUAGCGAGAUCGCCGGAUGAUGGGCUCAUCUUUUGUUUUUUUGCGGAGUGUCUUUCUUCUCGACUACCGACCGUGUUGUUUUUUCACACAAAGCGCGUUUUCACACUUGGUGUGUUUGCCCCCCAUCCCCCGCCGUCCCAUUAGGCCAAAAAGUGCUUUGUUUAUCAACACUGUGUUUUUUGUAUCUGUCAUGCGUGCUUGGAGCGUGUGUGAGGGUCUUUUCAGGAGGAUUCCAUAAAUAAAUGCUUUCGUCGCAUAAGUAAUGCUAAGGUCCUUUCCUAACGAGUGGCAUUCGUUACGAAUGUCU